AUGAACAGCGACGACAAGACCAAGCAGGAGCACGUGGCUAGGAUCAAAGCGCUCGGCAUCGACGUCGUUGGUGGCGAUAUCAACCAGGAUGCACCGCGGCAGCUCGCCACGAUCUUCUCCGACUUUGACACCAUCAUCAACUGCUUUGGCUUUGGCGCACCGCCUGGUACGCAGCUGAAGGUCGCAAACGCUGUGCUGGCAUCUGAUUGUCGUCGAUACUUUCCCUGGCAGUUCGGGAUCGAUUACGAUAUCAUUGGCCGCGACAGCGCUCAGGACCUUUUCACCGAGCAGCUGGACGUUCGCGACCUGCUGCGCUCGCAGGAAAGGUUGGAGUGGGUCAUAGUUUCCACCAGGAUGUUUGUCUCGUUCAUUUUCGAGCCGGCUUUUGGAGUCGUCAAUGCAGGACGAGAUACUGUCACAGCGCUGGGCAGCUGGGACAACAAAAUCACUGUCACAGCGCCUGGUGACAUUGGCCGCUUCACUGCUGAGAUUGCUUUGGCAUGUCCAGAUGUCCGGGGCGUCGUCUUUACAGCUGGAGACACUGUCUCGAUGGCUCAGAUCGCGGACCUCGUCGAGAAGGUGCAAGGGAAGAAGGUGCAGCGCAUAGAGAAAACUGUUGCGCAGCUGAGGUCAGAGCUUGCGCAGGAUCCUUCGAAUGGGAUGCGGAAGUACCGCGUCGUUUUUGCUGGGGGAGUCGGUGUCGCCUGGGACAUGGACACGACCUUCAACCGUCAGAAGCAGAUUAGCACGCAGUCGGUGCAGCAAUGGGCGCAGGAUCAUCUGCAAGUCUCAGCUAAGAGCGACUGA